AUGUCUGAUAUUUAUGAUAUCAUAAUUGACCUUUCUUUAGAGAAAAAAGAAAAGAGUAUUCUACACACUCAUUUCUAUAAAAAUCCUCAAGAAAUAAAUAAAGUGAUGUGUGUACUUGAAAAAUGCCCAUCACCUGAGGAAAAAAUUGAAUUUUUAAGAAUGUCUUUCUUAACUUCUGACGACGGAAGUAAGCAUCAAGAGACAAGAAAUAGGAAACCAAAUGAAAAAAUUAGCGCAGUACCAAAAAGAAAGAAGUUUUCAAUAAAUAGUACAAUCAUGUCAUGGGAUCGUGAAAACGUCUAUUAUGUGAAUCCAUUAAAACAGAGCGGAGAAUUAAUUGAUUUGAUUUGUAAAGGUGACUAUGUGUUAUUACAUGGAGCGCGUGCCUCCGGAAAAUCCACUCGGACGAUGCAAGUUAUGGAUGAUCUGGAAGAAAAAGGAUACAUUUGUAUCUACGUGGCUUUUUGUGAUUUAACUGUCGACGAUGUUGAUCGAUUUUGGGAAAAUGUCGCCAUAAAUAUUAAAAUGAAUCUUGAUAGCAAGUAUGCUGAGAAACGUAAGUUAGGGAAAAUUAAACAACAUGAACCGUUUGAAAUACCCACUAUGAGGACGCUUGAAGAUAUUAUGGAAAUUUUUGCGCUCACCGCAAAGAUUUGGAAUUAUUUUUAUGAAGAACCUGGCAAAAAAGUAGUUCUAUUCUUUGACGAGUUCGAUACUUUGCUCUCUCCCAAUAACGUUCAAGUCUGUAACUCGUUUCUGACAAACAUGAGCGUUAUUAAAACAAGCCCCUACUAUGCAAUAAAAUCUGUCGUCGGGAUCGGCACAUUCAGUAUACUAAAUUUAAACACUACAUAUCGGUCAGUGUCACCGUUCAACGUUAGUGAUGCUUUUCAAAAUCCAAAUUUUACCGAAGAUGAGGUCAGAUCAAUAUUUAAAGAGUUUAUGAAUGAUUACAGUAAAGAAAUUGAUGAUCAGGUCAUCAAGGAUAUCCAUAUACAAACAAACGGACAUGCGGGGCUUAUAAAUCUUUGUGGACGCUUAAUCGAGAGCGUGCCUAAUAAGCUGGAUUAUGCGAGUUGGAAACAUUAUGAACAUGAGAAAUUGGGAGUUUGGAUUUCAAAUUACCGUACAUUUAAAAGAAUGAUCGAUUCCCUAAAGAUGAAAGAUGCAAUUAGCGCCGUGAACCUUCUUCGUACUCGAUUUUUGGGUAAUUCCAGUGAUGUGAAAAUAAUGGAUAAUAAAGAACUUGAAUUAGCCAAGUUUCUAGUAUCUGAAGGUGUCCUCAUUCACAUUGAUGCCAAUACGUACAAAAUGUAUUCUUCUCUCUUGGAUUCACUUAUCAGACGAUAUGUAAUUUCCGACCUAUUUCCGCUCGCCCCAAAGAUUCAUGUCCCUAAACAAAAUGAUAAAUUAAAAACUUUAGAAGUUUUAAAGGAAGCAGUUCGCUUCUUCGAUAGAGAAAUUAUUUCUAGAGCAUUUCAUUACUCAUUUAAAACGGCACACGUAUAUGUAGAUGAAUGUUUAAACAAGCUGGUACCGCGUGAAAGCGUUUACGACAUAGAAUUAAACAGGAUUCUCACGAAUUGGCUUGGCAGGGAAAUCGGUGCUUUAGUCACCGGCCAAUGGCAUUUAAUAUAUAAAGAAGGCAGCAAACCCGUUCACAAUUAUAGUGACUUAGUAAUUAAGGUCAAACAUGAGGAAAAUGUUCAAAUGAUUAUUCUCAAAAUUAUGGCAACAGUGACAAUACCACUUGCAAAUCAACACUUUGCACGAGCACUUACCUAUGGCAAAGAACUAUCCGCAGAUGAAAUAUGGGUCGUUCAUUUUACUUGUGAAGAUCACUUUGAUACGCAACCUCAUUUUCCGACUGAAAAGCAACUGAAAGAAGGACUUAGAGUUAUAAUUUUCUGGCAUAACUCUGACUUCACGGAGAUACGCAUGUGUGCAAGUUGGUGGGAGAAUGGUGUAAAAAAAGAGAUAAUUGACGAGAGGAUACAUUUAUCAUAUUAA